CGAGGGGCUGAAGGCGAAGCUGAGGGAGGAGAUUCUGAAAGAAUAGGCGACCGUUCUGAAAGAGAAGGAUCCCCUGCUGGCAUCUUCUAAGGAGUGGUUGAGGAAAACUGAAGAAGACGCAGAGAAGCUGCGGAAGGAAGUGAACGACACGAUCGUUCGAGAUCGUUCGAGAAAAUGCCCUGCAAGAGGAGCUGGCCAAGGUUAGGACAGAGAAGGCUAAGAUGGAGGACGCUAUCGAGACUGAUCUGCUCAAGGCUGCCGACGCGGCGAGAGCGGCGUUGUCCGAUGAGUACAAGGUCACUGACGAGGCGAAGUACAAUAAACUGCUGAGAGACACCGUGGAAGCCAUUCGUCGCUGGUUCCGCCGCGAGCGUCCCGAGGUUGUGUGGGACCCUAACACGAUAUGGGACGCGGUUGAGUACUGGAGUGAUGAUGACAUCAACUCUGAGCAUGUUGCUAUUCCGACCGCCGCUGCUCCAUAAACCAGUCUUCCAGGGGAAACCGCAGAAGGUGAAGAGCAUAUCAGCACGAUUAAGGAGGCACUGUUUGAUGAGCUUGUUAAUUUGCUUCCUUUUUUGAUUUUGUUUUGUAAGCCUUGAAAAAAUUAAAUAUGCCUUAAGGCA